AUGUUGAUCAAAAAGUCAGAAGAUAUGGAAGUGAAAGGCAAUGUGACAGCGAGGACAGCGCUACAACAAGCCGCAGAGACAGUGACACAAGCUUGGAUGCAGAUUUUCGAGCAGCAGCCGACACGUUUUGGCUUCUCGGAACACUGGAAGAUGCAGGAUGGUAUCGUACAAAAUGACAUUGAGGAGAUAAAAAAUGCGAUUUUUUGGUCGAGAGAAAUUGAAAACGACAUGAAAAGAGUCAAGGGACGAGCAAAAGAGAGACAGGAAGAAGAUGCUGCGUUGCUUGAGCAAUAG